AGAUGGCACAGAUGAUGAAGCAGCUUAGUUUAGCUACAAAAGGAGCACAUUCGUAUUUGGUUGCACGAAACAUGAGCGUAAUGGCGAAGGUUUUGCGCUACGGGGAGUUUGGUGAACCGGCAAAAGUGCUACAACUGCAGGAGGAACCGGUGCCUGAUCCCAAGCAAGGCGAAAUCCUGAUAAAGACGCUUGGAGCACCGAUCAAUCCAGCAGACAUCAACACCAUUCAGGGGAAGUAUCCAGUCAAACCCAACUUUCCCGCCGUCGGUGGAAACGAGUGCGUUGGAGAGGUUGUGUCCAUCGGAGGAAACACCAGCAGCAGCUUAAAAGUUGGUGAUCGGGUUGUACCGUUCGCGACCGGUCUCGGGACUUGGCGGUCCCAUGCAAUUUACGCCGCUAAUCAGUUGAUGAAAGUUCCGGCAAGUAUCGGAGUGGCUGAAGCAGCAACCAUUACCGUAAAUCCUUGCACCGGUUACCGGAUGCUGAAAGAUUUUGUCGCACUGAAACCGGGAGACACCGUUAUACAGAAUGGGGCGAACUCAGCCUGUGGUCAAGCCAUUAUUCAGCUCUGCAGGGCGUGGAACGUUGAAUGUGUUGGGAUCGUGCGCGAUCGGCCCGAAUUCGGGCAGCUGAAAGAUUACCUGAAAGGCCUAGGAGCAGCAGAAAUACUUACCGAAGAAGAGCUACGCACAACGAAGCUGUUCAAGGAUGGCAUAUUUCGAAAGCCAAAGCUGGCACUGAACUGCGUCGGAGGAAAGAACGCGUUGGAACUGUCCCGACAGUUGGACCAGGCUGGCGUGAUGGUAACCUACGGUGGUAUGUCCCGGGAGCCGGUCACCGUACCUACGGCGUCACUCAUUUUCAAAGACCUUCGCUUCGUUGGUUUCUGGAUGACGCGCUGGACGAAGGAAAACGCCGGCAGUCCACAGCGAAGCGAAAUGUUUAACGAGCUGUUUGGACUCAUAGACCGCGGUGCGUUGAAGGCACCUGCUCAUGAGAUGAUCUCGUUCGAGGACUACACGACGGCGGUAACGAAUGCACUGAACAUUCAAGGUUUUGUUGGUAAAAAGUACAUUUUUCGGUUUUAA